AUGAAGCAGAAGAUGCGAGAGCAGAGAAAGGCGGAGAAGCGCUGCAGGAUGAUGUUCAAUGCGAUCGACGAGGACGGCGACGAGAGGCUGACCAUCGAGGAGCUGAAGAGCGCGUGUGCCGACCCCUACCUCGGGGUGCAGCUCCAGGUCCUCGACAUCACGAGCGAAAACGCGGACGAGAUCUUCAGGAUGAUGAUGGACACUGGCGACGGUGUCCUCUCGCUCGAGGAGUUCUUCGAGGGCACCAGGCGCCUCCAGGGCCCCGCGGAGGCGAGGGACGUCCAGCGCGUGCUCGGGCUGCUGCAGAGGCUCUCGCGGGCCUGCGCUCUGGAGCGCCCCUCCUCGGCUCCCGACGAGGCGCUCCUGGCCGCCCGAGUCGACAGCGUGUGCAGGGCGGCCGCGGCGCUCGAGAGCAUUACGAUCGGGCUGGGCGGCGGCGGCCCAGGGCCCUGA